GACUUCCGGUUAAAAGUGCCCGUAUGUUGUUGCAAAUUGACAAAUGAAAACAUUGCCGUAUAUGAUUCCGUUUGAAGAAGAGUAUUAUAGCUUACAUUUCUAUUUGAUUUGAAAGAGGGAAACUGCACAAUUUCUCUUUCAAAAUAAGAUACGGAGAUUUUUCGGAAAUUAAUUAGUCGGCCAAUCGGUCAUCUGCAGGUCAAUCAAGAAAAAAAAAAUGAGCAAAUCGGAGAAGCAUAGUAAACGGCCUAAACCGACUUGUUUGUUAUACGAUUCAGAAUUAUGGAAUAAAUGUAAAUCAAACUUGAAAUUAAAGCCAGUUGGUUUGCAAAAUCUUGGAAACACUUGCUUCAUCAAUUCGGCUUUACAAUGUUUAUCGUAUACUCCCGCUCUAAUUGAUUACUUAUUCGGUUACGGACAUAGGCAACAAUGUAAAAUUAAAGAUUAUUGCUGCUUGUGUCAAUUACAAAAGCUGAUAGAGGAAAUGGAAAAUUGCAACGGUUUGGGUUUUAUACCUCCUAUAACAAUAUUUAACCGUUUAAAAGCGACUUGCAACAUGGAACCGGGGCAACAACAAGAUUCUCACGAAUUUCUUCGCUAUCUAAUAGAUCGUAUGAGCAACGAUGCUUUAUAUGAAUUUAAGGAUUAUACAGGAAUCGAACGUGAAACAACUGCUAUACAUCAAAUUUUUGGUGGCUAUUUAAGGAGCGAAGUAAAAUGUUACACAUGUAAAAAUAAAUGUUUCACCUAUGACCUUUUUAUGGAUUUAUCCGUUGAUGUAAAGAGCAUGAAAACUCUCGGAGAAGCUCUUAGAAAAUACGUCAAACCCGAAGUGUUGAAAAAUGGCAAUGCUUAUUAUUGUCGUACCUGUCAGAGUAUUAUGAAAGCUAAGAAGACAAUGACAAUUUACCGCGCACCUAACGUAUUGACAUUGCAUUUCAAAAGAUUCAAGUUUGUUAAUAGACCUCAGAGAAUACAAAACACUGUGGAAUAUAAUUUGAAUUUAAAUAUCAAAGAUUUUAUGACAAAAUCUAAAUCUGACGAUAUAAACUACGAAUUAUACGCUGUUCUCCUCCAUCAUUCUCAGCACGCUAACGGAGGUCAUUAUACUUGCUACGUUAAACACAACAACAUUUGGUUUCAUUUAAAUGACGCUAAAGUUAAUAUCAUACCAGAAGACAAGGUAAUUAACGAUUCGGACGCUUAUGUUCUUUUCUAUAAAAGAUCCAAAAUGAAUUUCUGGGAGGCUUAUUCGGAUAAGAAAACUUUCUCUUGUUCAGAAGAUUCGGAAUCUACAAAUGAUAACGUAUUAUCUGAAAAAGAUGAACCUAAAACUUCAACUCCUAUCUUGUUUAAUGAAAAUAAUAGUCUUCCUCUAGCUCCAGAGAGACCAAAGAUAUCAUUUGCCAUUCGCCCCCAUUUUACGACAAGACUUUCAGGAGUGAAAACUUUCAACGGUCGUCUAAUGACCCCAAUCAGUAGUCUAAUUGAUGACGACAGUGAUAGUGAGAAAGAUGAAGGGCUCAAUGAAGACAAGAAUGAAAAGGAGAACUCUGAAAUUGAAUCUAAUAGCUCAGCGACCCUUUUAUCUAAUUUCAAUAAGACUUAUGAAGAAUCGUUCAAAUUAUUUCCGGAUGCCAAAAGUUCAGACGAUUUUAGCGACGUCUGCGAUCAAGUUGGAAAUUUAAUGAAAGAUUGGUCAGAAAUGCAAUCACCACCCCAAGAUUUUUCCUUUGACGAUCAAAUACCAGAUUUCACAACAGAUCCUAUUCUUAUAGAAAGGAAUGAAAAGAAAACCACUCAAGCUUCGUGGAAAUCUCUCUGGGCGUCCAUUGAUGCAGGUUUAGAUGAUCAAUCGAGGCAAAGUCCAACAACCGAAAAAUUAAUGGCUUUAAAGCAAAUGGCGAAAGAAAAUGCCGGUGAAAUUAAAGACAAUGGGGAAAGUUCUCCUCAGUCUGGUGACGUAACCAGUUCCGUUUCUGACGCCCAAGACAAAUGUUCUAGUCAAGAAUGUGUAGAGGAAACCGCAGAGAAAAAGAGUAUAGUUGAAAAAGAUACAAAUGAAAAGAAGGACAAAUUGACAAAGAAAGACAAAAAUGAAACGGAACCCGUUAAGCAGAGAUAUCAAGAGUUCAAUUUAGCUGAAAAAUUAGUCCCAACCGCUAAAGUAUUGCCCAUAAAAAAGAAAAAGAAUAUAAUAAUUCCUGAACGAUCACCCGAUGUAUCCAAUCCAAGUAAAAAAACUACUCAAAAGUCAAAAAACCAAGUAAAAGCAGACAAGAAACAAGAUAUAUCAAAAAGAAAAAUCAAAGACAAAACGAAGAGUAAAAAAGAAAGAAAAGAUAAAUAUUAUGAUCAAAAGGAAGAUGCAAAUGAAAAAUGUUUACAAUCCGAUUUGCUAUUGGACGCCGUAUUGUUAGAGGAUGAUGAAAUUAUACCAGAUCUAUUCGACUCACCAGAAUCCUCUAAUCUUGAAUCUUCUAAGGAGAUUAACAAAAGUAUAUUGUGCUAUAGUAAUUCUACUGGUUACAGUAUAGGUACUUUAGACGCUUUAAACGCUACAAAUGAAACGAUGGAGAGUAAUACUGAAGAGAAUAGCUUAACAGAUGUAGAAGGGAUAAAUAUUGUGAGUAGAAACGCCAACGAAUCUAAUGCACCUAAUACCUUCGAAUUUGAUCAAAAUCAACAGUGUGAUGAUACCCUACUAAAAUCAUCAAUAGACGCUUUACACAAGUACCAAGAUAAAUUUCGUUCUUGGGAAUCAAACGAAAAUACUUCACAGUCUGAAAAGGAGCAAAUUCAUCAAACUCUACACGACUUAGAGGCUUUAGAUCGUAGCGUUAAAAGUUUGUCAAAUUCAAGAAAAUUCAACGACGACAGCUUAUCUGUUGUAUCUGAAUCUAGAGAAGAACUUGGUGGUAUAUUUUAUAAACCAAAGACAACGUUAAGAAAGAAUGGUUUAACCAUUCGUAGACCCAAUGGGCAAAGUUUGAAAGUUAUGAACAAAAAAAUGUCUGCCUUCGAAAGAACAUAUAAAAAUCUUCAACGUCACAGCUUAUGGGAUGGCAAGUACUUCCAAGUGAGAGAUCAGAAAACGCAAACAUUUACUUAUCAUAAAGAAUUGAAAUAUGGAGAAAGGGCAAAUUUAAAAUCUCUUACUGUUGACCCAAACAAAUACGACAUAGGUCCACCUAAAUUUACCAAAGAUCUCCAUCACAUUGAAAAAUGGCUAGUAAAAUCCAUCAUAACUCCUGGACCUCAAACUCCUACUUCUUGCUUUAAUUCAUUAGCAAAUAAUCCAGAGGGGCAUCGACAUAUUACAAAAUCAACUACAAGUGCUUUCUGCACUGUUAUUAAAAAAGAACGACCAAUGCAAUCGGCUAUUGACUUUAUGACGACUGAAAGAAAUCUUAAGAGGCCAGAAACUCCUGUCGUUCAGCCUAUUAAACUAAUCGAAGGCAGUAAUAAAGGUGCCAGUCCAUUUGCGAAAAAUAUAGUUAAGGACAACGACGAUGUCGUGUCAUUGGUAGAUGAAGAAACAGGAGAUGUGUUUACAUUUGUUCCUAUGAAAGAAACUAAAAAUCCAUCUUCUACUCGUUUUGAAGUUCGCAAGAAUAAUGAUGAUUUAAUGGAAUUUGAAUUAACCCCUCAUUUAGACGACUUAUCUUUUCCAAAAAGUAGCAAAUUACUUACUAAUGACUCGACCAUUAAAACUGAAAGCAUAGAAGAACAAUCGAAAAACGUUGAUAUAACGGAUGAAAAUGAGAUAUCGGAGAUUCUCUUGACCGAUCUGUCUUGUCAAUCAGAAUUGACUAUUCAUGAGGAAGAACUAGACAUCUCUGGGGAAAAUAUUCCAAAUGUAACAAAAGACCCAACAGAAAGAAUUGAUGAACAAGAAAAUUGUAACAAUUUUAUACCUAAUUAUUUACUCGAUUCAAAUGACAAUGAUCAAGAUAACCUAUUAAGUACAGAAGAGAGCGUCAAAAGCGUCUAUUUUAUAAAAUCAGAUAUUGCUUUAGAAAAUCGUAAAGAUUUAGAAAAUGUUAAGGAAAAAAAGUUAGUAUGUACAUCUCAAACAACUUUACCUCGUGUACCAAAAGCAACUAUAAUGAAAAACUACAUGACUCGAAGUCGUGUGAUGUCCUUUUCUUCAUCUCCUGCUAGAAGCCAUCAAGAUGAUGAUCAUGAUAACAAUGAUGACGAUGAUAAUAGUAACGAUAACAAUAAUGACAAUGAUAAAGAGAAUGAUGACGAAGUUGCUGCAAUCAAUGAAGAUCACGCACAUAGAAAUAAGAGUCUCCGUAUUAAGAGUGCUAAAUGGGGAUCUAACAGUUUUAGAACCGAAUCGGCUGUAAGAAAAAAAGAAGUUGAGGCUAAGAGAUUAAAAAUGAUAAGAGAAAAUGCAGACUAUUUAAAACGCUAUACACCAACAUGGGCCAAUAAGACGAAUCUAAGUAGUAUCCACACGAUGGAGACUCGUAGCAAAUCCAGAACGGAAGACAAUAGUAUUGAAGAGAUUAGACAUCAAUUAGGAAAUACGGGGAAAAGAACAACGAAACGAAAGCUAUCUGACAAACUCAUACCUACUAGAGAAAAGAAAAGAUGUAGAUUACUGGAUGAUGAACAAACACCAAUCUUAACGAAGGAAGAACCGUUAAAUAGUAAUUAUCCUGACGAUAAUAAGCAAACGUCACCGACUUCACUCAAACAAACUGAAAAUAGCGAAAAUGUCUUACAUUUACCUGAUCAGCCAGAAAAGGAUGCUAAUAAUGCAAAUAUAAUUAAUAAACUACCUUCAACUCCUUUCCUAAACGAUUCUUCUGUACAUAAAGAAGCGGAAACAAAUGCUCAACAACUUUUUAAACGAAUGUACAGAGAGGAAGCGUUAAUUGAUGAAGAGGUUCGGAUUAAAGACAAUAAUCCAGAUAGGCCUGUUCAUAAGAAUUCAGUAUCAAAGAACGAAAGUGAGAAAGAGAAAAGAACGAACGAAAAUGAGUUAUUGAAAAAUGUAGACGUUGAUCCAAUCGAGAAUAAAACUCAAUUAUUACAGCAAAUAAUAAAUGUUAAUAAACAAAAAAGUUCAAACAAUCGACCUGAUGAUUGGAAUGCUGUAUCGGAUUGUGGCUAUUCAAGCGACGACGAUUCAACAAAGAGAAAUAAAGCUAAUAAUGAAGCAGCUGUACAAUACCAUAACGAAUCCAAAGUUAGAGCUAAAUAUCGGAAACAAGGACCGUUUAAAAUAGUUACGGAAUGUUGUCCUCGUAACUGUUAUUUAAAUAUUCCAUUAGAAGUGCAAAAAUAUCAGUAUGAAUUAUAUUAUUCUAAAGAUUUUAAAGAACAAUCUGAACAGUUGUUGGAUUACUUAUCAUCGGAUUCGGCAAGUGUUAAUUGCUCAAGAAGAAAAUGGUACUAUCACGUUCUUACCAAAGAUAAUAAGGAGGAAAGCGUUUGUAGGCAUUUUCUAUUGAAGAUGCUGAAGAUUCCAUUAAAACGAUUACGAACGGUUAUAGAGAAAGUAAGAGCUAAGGAGAAAGGAGAGAAAAAUGAGAUACAAUUGGACGAUAUGAGAGGACGUCACGUUAAGCGUGGCGUUCCUCCAGUCGUUUACGAAACGCUUCGUACUUUUUUCAAUAGAUCUGGAGCAACAACACGCAAUGUUUUAGAAGUAUUUGGAGGUGUAAAAGAACUGUAUUAUGAUUUUGUGUCUUACUACGAAAGUCUUCAUCAUUCUAAGCCAGAUAUAAAGCUCAAUACUUUCUUUAAAAGUUUAACUCCAAGAAAAGUUAGCGAAAAGUUAGAAAUGUGGAAAUUUAUUUCAGAAUUAUUCGAUAAGUAUGAAGAAUUAGCUGAAAAAGAUGAAAAUUAUUAUUUGGAGGCCAUAGAACGUCUACUACUGAGCGAUAAUUUACAUGGAAUGUUUACUAAUAUUCUUCGGAAAUCAUGUCACACUUUGAACAAACUUUGUUCAAUUGAUAUUUCUCAUAGUGCAUUUUUCUUCGAAUCGAAGCUUAUAUCUUGGUAUUCAAAAGCGAAUGUGAAAAGUCUUGUACCUGGUGAUGUUUUAAUAUUAACAAUAUUGAUAAGAAUUCUUCUUGAUCAAUCGGACUUGGAAACUGUUAGUAGGGUUUCUAGUCAAGAUAGUCUGAGAAGAUCAGUGGAUAAAAAUUCAAUUAAUGAAAGUCAUAAUCAACACCAAAAUCGUCUAAAUAGUUUAUUAGGCAAAAUUCUAAAAUCGCCAAUACUCUCACCAACAUCCUUUUUGACUAGAAGUGCAUCAUCAUCUUUCAGCUUGCCAAAAAGUGACUGGGAUUCUAGUCAUUACGAAGGAUAUCACAGUUUUACUGUCAUGCUUGAUCAUAGACCGGAAUCUAGAUAUACUCCAUACACUGCAUUCAUUCUGCAGUUCUUUCCAGGUUUAACAGCAAUGUUUCUUGGUGAAGCUUCAAAUUCUCAUCAUUCCACUCUUCUAUGUAAAACUUUAAACAUUCUACGAAAUAUUUAUAAGAGCAACAUUGUUGAGGGUCGAUCAUGCUUUUACGUUCUUCGUAGAAACAUUGCAAAUAUUGUGAAAAUAGCCACUGAAAAUAAGAAAUUACUCAACAUAUCUGUAAUAAUUGAUCAAAUGUGGAAAAAUUUAAUACAAAAUGGUAUAUAUGAUUAUUUAAUUAUCAAAAAUAAAGAAGAUAGACAACCUUAUCAAAGCAGGAUAGAAUCGUCUUUGAUAGUUCUUAUAACUAAAAUAAGAGAACUUUUUAGAAUAAUGUACCUUUUACCGAUAAAAGUUAAUAAAAGAACAUAUGAGAAAGUUGAAGAAGCUAUGUUGGCUACCUAUGCUAAUUGUUGUCAAGAAACAAACGACUACUUUGAAUAUUUAGCAGUAAAAUCUUCUAGAAAUUUAAGCAUAUCACAUUUUAAUGUCAAUUAUCCAGGCCUCGUAAAUUUUUGGCACAUUGAUAGAACGUCUAAUGUUGUUGUUAGCCCUUCUUUAAGAUAUGAUUUAGAAAGAAUUGAUCUCCAAAUAGAUGAAUCAUUUGUCGUUAAACUUGAUGAUUUAAACUUAAUUCGAAAGACUCUAAAUCAACUCUGGUUAGAAGUUCGAUGUGGAAAUAUGAAAUGGAAUAGUAUGGACGAAAAGUUUUAUUACAACUAUACACUCUGGUUCGAAGAUGGCAUGGUUUGA